CUCUUUCAUUCAUUGUUUGGUCAGUGUUUGCGAACCGUGUUUUACGAGUUAAUCUUUUGAUUGAUUGAUAUGUAAUUUCUACCAAAAAUCAUCGUCAAUAAGAUAAGAACAGAUAAGCCAUUUGAAGUGUUGUUAAAGGUUAUUAUUGAAUAAUGGCUUUACCUUUGCCUAUUCCCCCUUGUUCUAAAAGGGAUGGCCUUACUGGACUUGGUUGUGAACGUUUUGAAUACGCCAGCACCAUGGCAACAACAUUACUUGCGCCAGUAAAAACGGAAAGACAAAUUCUUGAGCAUUCCAUGUCAGAGGAUGAUCCUAAUGCGAAUACUCAAUCAUCAAGUGAAGUAGGCACUCAGCCACGCUGGGGUCCACGGCACCGUGGCGCACAAGAAUUGGCCGAACUUUAUAGUCCAGGCAAAAGGCUCCAGGAAUGGGUGUGUGUGGUGGUUUGUUGCACAUUAUGUAUUUGUGCUGGAAUCCUCAUGGCCAGACACAUAUGUGCCGAUGUGUCGCUAUUAUUUGCAGCAGUUGCCGGUGUUUUAACAGCAGAUUUUGCUUCAGGCGUGGUACACUGGGCUGCAGACACUUGGGGCACUGUUGACUUACCUCUCAUAGGCAAAAAUUUCCUUCGGCCGUUUCGUGAACACCAUAUUGAUCCUACUUCAAUUACUCGUCACGACUUCAUAGAAACAAAUGGCGACAACUUUGCUAUUACCAUACCCGUGCUGGCUCGAAUUGUAUGGCAACUAACAACUUAUGAUGACAUAAACAUCAACAAGCAAUUUCACUGGAUAGCCUAUUGGUACUUAUGCUGUAUAUUUGUAGCAAUGACCAACCAGAUCCACAAAUGGUCUCACACGUAUUUUGGGUUACCAACUUGGGUAGUGUGUCUGCAAGAAUGGCACGUGGUGCUGCCUCGCCGCCACCACCGGAUACACCACGUAGCGCCGCACGAGACUUACUUCUGCAUCACCACUGGCUGGUUAAACUGGCCACUGGAGAAACUCCACUUUUGGUCUACAUUAGAGUUCAUAAUUGAGGCCCUAACGGGAUGUAAACCCCGUGCUGAUGACAUGAAGUGGGCGCAGAAACGAUCCUAGAACAUAAUCUGCCUUACUAUUCGUUCGACCACGGCUAUCAGGAGCAUCUUAGCUUAUACCUAGAUAGUGGCGGGCUUUAUAAACGGAUGACAAUUGGCCCUUUUAUGAUGCAUGACGAACGCCACGCAGACAAGACGUGAUAAAACUAAAGCAGUGGCCUGCUUAUCGCUCCUGCCCGCCGGUAAGUUAAGAGUCGUGGUCGAAUAAAACCAUAGUAUUUUGACUUUGGUACAAAAUAACCUUUAAAAAAGGUACAAAAUGGUUGAUACCAGCUGUCAAUUUUAGCAUUUGUGAAUUUUAUAUUGCUAUUGCUUAUUUACGAAUUAUUGCUAAGCAAUAUAAUAUUUUAUUACUUAGGUAUUUCUUGAAACAUAUUAUUGCAUUCUUGUCACAAUUCUAAUUUACAAUAAGCUGCAAAGUUUUCUUGUAAGUAAGUACAGUUAGCUUCAAUUAUCAAUACUUAUCAUUAUUACUCAUUGAUAAUGAACUUUAGCAACGCUGAGAUAUGUCAUGCAUUUAUUAAGACAGCUCUGUUUUACUAAUACUAAUUUAAUAAGCUAUACAGGGUGUGGUUUUGUAAAACAACGCCCAUCUUAGGGGUUACCCCUAUCAGCAACUAAAAUUCAUUAUCAAUGAGGUAGUACACAUGAAAGUAAGUAGAAGAAAAAUAUAAAUAAAUAUUUAACUAUUACUUUAUCAGUAAACCUUGUUCAAACGUAUAAAACUUUCGAGACGGCGCACUAUGGAGCGAAAUUGAGAUUUAUGGACAUAGCGAUUUUUUUCACAAUUUCUAUUUGAAAAAAAAUACCUAUCGAUAGGUUACGUUAUUCUGAUGAAUAAAUGCUGCACAAGUUUUUCUCUAAAACCAAUAGUUUGACUGGAAAAAAAUAUUUUCCAUUUUCGUUGUAUGGAAUGAAACAUAAAGUGGUCGAUUUCGACUAAGCCUUGACAGAUCUUGCUUUGAAACUACUUGAGCCUUGUUCUAUGGCUUGUUGACUGUAAUCUUACGCUAUCAGCGCGCAUCCAAAGUUGCCCGUUCACAAGUUAUGAGGUUCUGAAAAAUUAAAAAAAAGUAAGUAAAAGUGACUUUUUUUUGGAAUAUCUUUAAAGAUUUAACAAAAAUAUAAAGAUUUUAUACGUUAAUAAUGUAAAUUAACCUUAAAUUACUGCUAAAAACACAUUUUAAUAAACUUAAAAGGAAUUAAAUCAGCGAUUUUUUUUUUACAAUUUCUGUUUAAAAAAAAUACCUGUCGAUAGGGUAUGUUAUUCUGAUGAAUAAAUAUUAUGAACGUUUUUCUCUAAAACCAAUAGUUUGGCUGGAAAAAAAUAUUUUCCAUUUUCGUUGUAUGGAAUGAAACAUAAAGUGGUCGAUUUCGACUAAGCCUUGACAGAUUUUGCUUUGAAACUACUUGAGCCUUGUUUUAUGGCUUGUUGACUAUAAUCCUAGACUAACAGCGCGCGCACAAAGUUGCCCGUUCAGAAGUUAUGAGGUUCCGAAAAAUGAAAAGUAAAGUAAGUAAAAUUGACUUUUCUUUAGAUAAGACGACAAGAGAAAGGUUAAUUACAUUACUAAAGUAAAUAAUUUUCAUGUUUUAGUUGAAUCUUUAAAGAUUUAUACCCAAAAAAAGAUACUUUUACUUACUUAAAUUUUCAUUUUUUGGAACCUCAUAACUUCUGAACGGGCAACUUUGGGCGCGCGCUGUUUUUGCAGGAUUAUAGUCAACAAGCCAUAGAACAAGGCUCAAGUAGUUUCAAAGCAAAAUCUGUUAAGGCUUAGUCGAAAUCGACCACUUUAUGUUUCAUUCCAUACAACGAAAAUGGAAAAUAUUUUUUUCCAGCCAAACUAUUGGUUUUAGAGAAAAACGUUCAUAAUAUUUAUUCAUCAGAAUAACAUACCCUAUCGAUAGGUAUUUUUUUUAAACAGAAAUUGUGAAAAAAAAAUCGCUGAUUUAAUUCCUUUUAAGUUUAUUAAAAUGUGUUUUUAGCAGUAAUUUAAGGUUAAUUUACAUUAUUAACGUAUAAAAUCUUUAUAUUUUUGUUAAAUCUUUAAAGAUAUUCCAAAAAAAAGUCACUUUUACUUACUUUUUUUUAAUUUUUCAGAACCUCAUAACUUGUGAACGGGCAACUUUGGAUACGCGCUGAUAGCGUAGGAUUACAGUCAACAAGCCAUAGAACAAGGCUCAAGUAGUUUCAAAGCAAGAUCUGUCAAGGCUUAGUCGAAAUCGACCACUUUAUGUUUCAUUCCAUACAACGAAAAUGGAAAAUAUUUUUUUCCAGUCAAACUAUUGGUUUUAGAGAAAAACUUGUGCAGCAUUUAUUCAUCAGAAUAACGUAACCUAUCGAUAGGUAUUUUUUUCAAAUAGAAAUUGUGAAAAAAAUCGCUAUGUCCAUAAAUCGCAAUUUCGCUCCAUAGUGCGGCGCUUGUUGCCGACCGCACCACGCCGCGUAUGCUUCACCACCGAGCACAUUUGGGGUUAACCGAUAGCUCCCCGCGCAAUAAUACCAUAUAGUAUAGAUGGACGCUUAUUACAUGACAUGUUUUAUACUCCUUUAUUUAGUGACUAUGGAGCUGACUGUACUUACAAAUAAAUAAAAUUAAUGGUCACUAUUAGAAAUAGGUAGAAUCUAAGUUACUACCUACAUGGAUUUUAUACAGUUAAUAUGUAAGUAAGUGAAUAUUAUUGUGUAAUUAAUAUACCCGUUAUAACACGUUAUUUUCAUAUUAUCUACAGGUGCAUAUUACAAUAAUAAUGAUAAUAUUAUAUUUCUUAGGGUUUACACAAAUUACUGUACCUUUUAUAGAUCUUUAGAACGAAAUAUAGGCCAGAAUUAAACACAAAAAUUGAUCAAAUCGGAAAUAAUUCCAACAAAAGAUUUUAUUGCUUUAAUGGCUUCAUUGGUUGCCCGCUAAGACUUUCCUAGGUUUUCGACUUCGACGGAGUUGUGCUUAGUGGUGGGGGCCCCGAAAGGAGCGUUUUUUGGGUUUUCCGGUUAUACAUAUAUACCGCGUAAAGGACUUACCCUAUCGAAAACUAGUCUUCAUGACGAUUGAAGGGCACUUAAAUCCUGCAGGAUUUGAUGAAAUUCAUGUCUCGGACAAACCGUUCUCGUGCUUAUCUUCGACAAAGUAGAAAAUGUAAGUAUAAUUAAUGACCCUCUCCACGUCCAAUGGCUCGUUACCCGCAGGCUUCCAAGUCUUGAAAGGGGCCGCUUCAACCAGUGUAACCCUAUCAAGGCUUACGAGCUGGAUGCGGCUGGGCCGAACAAGGAUAGGCUCCUUGUUCGGCCCAGCCGUUCCUUAACUACGGUUGCUGCACCUCUUACUUGCACUCUCCUGUACGACUAUGUGUUAUCUACUAUGGCUGCCUCUUCCUUGUACCCUCCUUUAAGACUGCAUUGCUUAGCCGUAUACCUGGUCCAAGGUUCGACGCCGCAAAAUCAACUUCGUACGCGUGAAAAUACCCCCCCACCACUUAAGCACAACUCCGUCGAAGUCGAAAACCUAGGAGAGUCAUAAUGGGCAACCAAUAAAGCCAUUAAAGCAAUAAAAUCUUUUGUAGGAAUUAUUUCCGAUUUAAAAUCUAAUUCUACUGGCCUAAUAAUAGCGAGUCUUACAUCUGAUGUCUAGUAAGUCCUACAGCAGGUAUUUGGAUAAUUUAGUUUGAAGUUACAAUUAAUUGUAAAACAGAUGAAA